CUCGGGGCACACUCACUUCCGUCGUUGGCGGAGACUCGCUCGUUGAGCUUUUACCAGAGGCGCGUGAGGGGGGCGGGUGACGUCACAGGUCCGAGUGCAUGCGCAGUCGCUGGGAGGCGUGGCCGAAGCGGAAUUCCUGGACUCCGAGCUGCGUGCGGAUGGAGGAACCCGGGAGCCGCGGUGCUCGCAUCCCGGGGAGCGCGCCCAGCCUCCCUCUGCUGGUGGCGGCUGCACGGCGCAGCCUGUGCUCGGGCCGAAGACGGGGCCGGGGCUCCCCGCGGGCCACCUGCUUGCACCUGGCCGGGGAGGUGCUGGCCGUGGCGCUGGGCCUGAAGCCGGCGCUGCUGUACGACUGCGGCCGGGCGGGCGCGGACCAGCUGCGAAGCUACCUGGAGGCGCUCCAGGGCGUGGGGCUCUUCACCCAGCGCCUGCACGUUCUGGAACUCGGCGAGCACUGCCUGGUGCUCAGCCCCGAGCGCGUGGGGCAGCACCUGGAGCGGGUGCAAGGCGACGGCGUGGCCUUGGUGGACGUGUCAGACGAGCAGCCAAACCCCACGCUUUGCGCCCUGCACCAGUGGCCGGACUUAGGAGCACUGGUGGCCGAAGUGGGCUUGCACCUGCGGGGCCUGCAAGGAAAAGCACGUCUCGCGGUGUCCAGCAGCCGCCUGCAGCCCCCCGACUGGACCCUGUGCGCCUUAUUCGGGAUCCUGCUGGGCUACCCCGCGCCUUACACCUUCCGCCCGGGCCGCACCGAGGCCAAAUGUCUGGCGCUGACGCCUCUGCGUGUGUUCACGGCGCUUCUGUCCUGGCGGCCCGCGGGUCUGCAGCUCCAACUUUACUCCUUCAGCGUCCCGGAAUGUCUUCUUCCCGCGCUCAGCGGCGCGCUGGACGCCUGGGAAAGUGACCUCAGGGCCCGGUGGCGAGCCCAGAGCGAUUUCGCAGAUCUCAGCAUCUCGUCUGAGGUGGUCACGCUCCCCACCGUGGUCCUCUGAUGCUAGAGAGGAACCUGCGGUGUCCUCUGCGCCUCUCCAGCAGGCUGAAAGCAAUGCCUGCCUUUCCCUCUUGGGCCCUGCUUCAGCACGCUCAGAUUAGGAAGUGGGGAAAGAGGUA